UUGCCGGGAAACCCUCGGCCCGGAGCUGCGCGGAGCGGCGGACAUGGCGGCGGCGCGGCCGGCCGCGGCCCUGCUGCUGCUGGCGGCCCAGGUGGCCUGUGAGCUGGGCGUGUUGCGAGUGGUCUCCCAGAGCGGCGGAACCCGGGGCAGGGACUAUUGCAUCCUCUACAACCCACAGUGGGCCCACCUGCCGCAUGACCUCAGCAAGGUGUCUCUCCUGAAGCUUCGAGACUUAAGCUCGACACAGCUCUGUUCCUACCGUGACCUUCCUGUGGACCUGACCAACCAAGUCGCGCUGGUGGCCCGGGGCAACUGUACCUUCUACGAGAAAGUGCGGCUGGCCCAGGGCAGCGGGGCGCGCGCGCUGCUGGUUGUCAGCAAGGAGAAGCUGGUCCCUCCGGGAGGCAACAAGACACAGUACGAGGAGAUCAGCAUCCCCGUGGCCCUGCUUAGUCACAGGGACCUGCAAGACAUCUUCCAGCGCUUCGGCCAUGCGGUGAUGGUGGCACUGUAUGCGCCCAGCGAGCCAGUGAUGGACUACAACAUGGUCAUCAUCUUUGUCAUGGCCGUGGGCACCGUCGCCCUCGGCGGCUACUGGGCCGGCAGCCGGGACGUGAAGAAAAGGUACAUGAAGCAUAAACGGGACGACGGGCCUGAGAAGCAGGAGGACGAGGCGGUGGACGUGACGCCCGUCAUGAUCUGCGUGUUCGUCGUCAUGUGCUGCUUCAUGCUGGUGCUGCUGUAUUACUUCUACGACCACCUGGUCUACGUGAUCAUCGGCAUCUUCUGCCUGGCCUCCUCCACCGGGCUCUACAGCUGCCUGGCGCCCUGCGUGCGCAAGCUGCCCUUCUGCACGUGCCGGUGAGCCCUCCACCCCCCUGCCCCCCCCCACCCGCUGGCACGGCAGAGGCCGCAGGUGCCCACGCGUGGGGGGGGCGCAGGGGUGAGGCCACCCGGGAGGGUAGAUUGGGAAGGGGUGGGGCAGCAGCACAGGUCCCCAAGAGUCUACAGCCCCGGGUGCCCGUGGACCAGCACUGCUGCCCAGAGCCAGGUGGGCUGGGUGAGGCCCUGGCCCUGAAGGCCAGCAGUGACCGGGCAGAGCCCCGGGCUGCCCUCCUGGAGCCAGAGGGGCCUGGCCGGCGGGGGCACAGGCCCGCAGUCGGGCGUCUGCCCGGGGUGGGCCGCGAUCCGGAGGCGGACGGCCGCUGAUGGGCGCCCCCUCCAGGGUCCGCCGAUCAUA